AGAUGACUGAAAUAAUAAAAAUCCAACUGUGGAAUAUUGGGACUCUUAUCAUCUGCAUUUUAGUGAUCCAAGUAGUUUCUCUCUCAGUCUCUCUCUCUCUUUCUUGGAAGUAGGCUCUCUCUUGGAAGAACAACAAAAGAAUAAUUGGCAACUACUUUUUCUCAAAUUUCAGCAAUGAUUCUGCACAAAUUAAGGAUCUUACCUGUUUUCUUGUCAAUAAUAAUACCCUUGGCAACCUCGCUCUCCUUCAACUUCCCUAGCUUCGAUGGGACUUCAAAGAUCACAUUUGAAGGUGAUGCAGUCAUUAAUGGCUCCACCAUAAUGCUCACCAAGGAAGGUGCCAAUUUGGCGAGCGCUAGUAGAGCAACCUAUAAAGACCCCCUUCAUCUCUGGAACAACAAAACAAAAGAACUCACUAACUUCACCACACAAUUCUCCUUCAUCAUCGACUCCCAUGAGACAAACUAUGCCGAUGGUUUUGCCUUCUUACUCGCACCAUACCCUGCCACGUUGCCCUUAUAUGCUAAAGGUGGCUACCUUGGCCUUUACUCCAACACCACAAUCCUCAAUCAAACCAGUAAAACGGUGGCUGUGGAGUUUGACACCUUCAGCAACUAUGAAUGGGAUCCCAAGGGUGAACAUCUUGGCAUUGACAUAAAUUCAAUCAACUCUUCAACAUACGUUCCUUGGAACAGUAGCAUCAGGGAACACAGAAUCGGUAAUGCACGGGUGAAUUAUGAUUCCAUCACCCACAACUUGAGCCUCUUCUUGACCUAUCCAGAGACAAAUCAAUCACCAAGUGCCAAUUACAGCAUAAGUUACAUUGUUGAUCUGAGAGAGGCCUUACCAGAACUUGUAACAGUAGGCUUCUCCGCAGCCACUGGUAACUUCACCGAGACGCAUACCAUUCUAUCAUGGUCCUUCAACUCGACUCUGCAACCAAAGAAGAAAAAAAACAUCCUUAUAAUCAUCAUCGGCUGUGCCAUUGGAGUGGUAUUGACGGUGGCAAUAUGCUUGAUAUGUUUCAUUUGUGGCAAGAACAGGAGGAAGAAGAAUCAUGCAAAGGAGCACAUGGACUGUGAUGAGGAUAUAGAUCACGAGUUUGAGAGCGAAGGAGGACCGAAGAGGUUCUCUUUCCAGGAACUGUCAUUUGCAACAAAGGACUUCUCAGAAGAGAAGAAGCUUGGAGAGGGUGGCUUCGGAUUGGUUUACAAAGGAUGCUUGAGAGACAUCAACCUCGAUGUGGCGAUCAAGAGGAUUUCCAAGGGCUCGAAACAGGGGAGGAAGGAGUAUAUCUCAGAGGUGAAGAUCUUCAGCAGGUUGAGACAUCGGAACCUGGUGCAGCUCAUCGGGUGGUGCCACACCAAAGGCGAGUUCUUGCUCGUCUACGAGUUCAUGCCCAAUGGGAGUCUCGAUUCUUACCUAUACAGCAAGGCGAAGUUUCUACAGUGGCCGGCGCGGCACAGGAUCGCGAUGGGCUUGGCCUCGGCGCUCUUCUAUCUGCACGAGGAGGGGCAGCAAUGCGUGGUUCACCGCGACAUCAAGCCGAGCAAUGUGAUGCUGGACUCAGCGUUCAACGCCAAGCUCGGCGAUUUCGGUCUCGCGAGGCUCGUCGACCACGACAGCGACCUGCAGACCACGGAUCUGGCCGGCACCAAGGGGUACAUGGCGCCGGAGUGCUUCUACACCGGCAAGGCAAGUAAGGAAUCGGACGUCUACAGCUUCGGCAUUGUGGCGCUCGAGAUCGCGUGCGGGAGACGGACGAUCGAGCCGAACGAGCAGAAGAGCAAGACGAGAUUGGCGGAAUGGGUUUGGAAUCUCUACGGAAGGGGGAAGAUCUUGGAAGCGGUGGAUGAGAGGCUUGAGGGGAACUUCGAGGAGAGGCAGAUCGAGAGCCUGAUGGUGGUGGGGCUGUGGUGCGCCCACCCGGACUCGUCUCUGCGGCCAUCCAUCAAGCAGGCGAUCAGCGCGCUGAGCUUCGAGGCGCCCUUGCCGGUGCUUCCUCCAAACCGGCCCGUGCCGAUGUACUUCACGCCGGAGUUCGAAACGUUCGCCGCCGGGGAGAAUUCGUCGGUGGCGAAUUCCGCGCCGUCCGGCCAGUUCACGCACUCGUUCGAGUUGACCUUGUCGCCCAACUCGCUUUUGAACAGCAAUUCUGAAACUUAGAAAGGAAAAGUUAUUACACAAAGUUUAGGGGGCGAAAAGAAAAUAUGUGACCAAUUGAUAGAUAUUAUAAUUAUUGUAAAAAGUACUCCUUACCAACAGAAUUUUCACAUAUUAAUAUUGUAUUGCAUUUUUAGUAA